CGCGGGCUCCCGGGAGCUGCGGCGGAGCGACGAUGGCCCGGGAGUCAGAGCCCGAGUCUGAUGUUAAUAAAAACAGUUUCUUCCCUGGAGGAACUGUCGAAAUCGCCCCGGAAGCGUGUGACGGUUGGUGGCAGAGAGUGAACGAGGACAGGAGGGGGCCGUGUGCGGGGUUCAGGAGAGAGGGAUUACGAUCUCGAGAAGCGUUGUAGACCCCCGACAGGCGAUUAAAACGCUGGAGGAGGCAAAACCAACCGGAGUAUCUGCACAGACGGAGGCUUCCCCGGGUAGAUUCAGGAGUUCAAGCACCCAGCCUGGCUUGGCCGGUUCCCCGCGGCCCUGGGCCUCUGCUCUGGCCGCUCUGAGGAGAAUGAUUUUGCUAAUUUUCCGGUGGUUCCAAAGCCUUUUUGCAAAUAAAAUCGACAGGAUAGCACAACACCAGAAAUGCCUCUUUCUCCUGCUUUCCAAAGAGAGUUGGUAUCAUGUAGGUGACGGGGAAUUUUAGUUCUCAGCGCAGCCAGGCCACGGUGCCCAGAUGGUUUGGUCAAAUUUCAUUCUGGAUGUCUCUGUUGAGGAUGUUUGUUGGAUGAAGGUAACAUUUAUCCCAGUAGACUUUGAGUGGAGCAGAUUGCUCUCUGAAAUGUGGGCGGGCCUCGUCUGCUGCGUCGAAGGCCUUACUCGAAUAAACACUGACCGCCCCAGGGCAAGAGGGAAUUCUCCAGCAGAACGCCUUGGGCACGAGGUGGGUUUGUAGCAUAAUCACGUGAGCCGAUUCCUUAGAAGAAAUCUCUAUAUAUUCUCUCUCUCUCUACACCCUUUUGGUUCUGUCCUCUGGAGAAGCCCAACAAAUAGGAUGUGGUUUUCGCAUCUUCUUUAAGUGUUGAUGCCUUUGAUUACGUAUGAUCAUCUGUCUUGAAAAAAUGUUGAUAUUUUAACAUUUUAUGAGUGGUUUCUUUGAAGUAAGAAGCUCACCAACAGGGACAAGGGGAGACUGUGGUCUGGGCUUGGCAGUAUCCCCGAGGUGGGUAGAAUUCUGGAAUGGCUCAAGUUUGCCUGACCUCUCGUGGACACUUGGCAUAGUCCCCAAGCCUUUGAACAGGGGGACAGAGUGCUCUGCGAUUGUGCUGUAUCCCACGGCACCAGAGACCUCAAGACAGGUAGCAUGUUGGGUGGGCCUGACCUAAUCACACGAAGCUGGUCAUAGUGGAGGGGUCAGAGGUCGGGGAGCAUGAGAAGUAUGUGAAGGGGGUUCAGGGAUGAAGGAUGAAGGGUCUCAGAAAGAGACCAAGAGUUAACUGUUUUGCUUCAUGAAUAAAUGUGGAAAAGGAAGUCAUAUUUUUAGAACGAGGGCAGCCACUAGUUGCUGAGCGUCAGCCCCACCAACAGCCAACGAGGAAGUGGGGACCUCGGUCCUACCAUCGCAAGAACUCGAUUCGCUCAACAAUAGGAAUAAGGCUGCAAGCACGUUCCCCACCCCACUUCCAAGGCUUCCAAGAGCUCAGCCAGGCCCACAUUUUGAUAUGUGUGUUGUGAUAUCCCCAGUGGAGAAUCCAGCCCCUUCAGGCUGAAGUCCGGACCCAUAUAACCUUGAGCUAAACACGGGUUUGAAGCUGCUGUUUGUAGUAAUUUGUUAUACGGUAACAGAAGUUACCCCGGUUCUUCAUGUUCUCUGGGCCUUUCUUGCUUUUCACAGGGGAAAACAGAGGAAAUACUGUGUCCUGAUUUAUUGUCACUGCUUCUGGACGUGGACUGGUCAGGGUUUGGAUGUGGCACGGGUCCCAGAAAGCCCUCCCCUGGAGCCCAGGCACUUGUGGGACAAGAGAGCUGAUCCAACAGUUUGGUACAAAUGCUGUAUUCAGGGAUCAGUUCUCCUCAUGCCCCCCGACCUCUGACCCCUCCUCUGUGACCAUCUUCAUGUGAUUAGGUGAGGCCCACCCGACACGCUACCUGCCUCGAGAGGUGUCUGGACCCGAGUGGGUCACUUUACCUGCGGUGGAAACACUGUGAGGUGCCAGGUGUUCAGACUUUAUGCAAUCUAAGGACACUUCUGAACAAGCUUCAGAAAGAUCACAGAGAGGAUGUCUAUCUUUACACCUCUGGGCACUUGAAUCCCAAUAAGCUCUACAGGCCUCCUGAGACCAUCCUGUAUCACUGGCCCAACGCCAAUAGACCAAAAGGGGCAAAGAUCUUCCAGGUGGAAAAGCCGACCGGAAAAUCCGAUAAGGAGAUCACCAAGAUGAAAGACGCUCUGGCUUAUUUUACCAUCAAUACAGCUCUGGGGCCCAAUGAGGCACAGAACGCACCACUGUUCAGGUAUUUGAACCCCGCGGAGCAUAGUUCCCACACUGCAGAAGAGGAUUUCAUUCAAAGGAAGUCUCCGAGGAGAGAGGGUUCUCCCGAGUGGCGGAGGAGAGAAGAGCUGAGGUUGCCAGAGAUGAAGGUUCUCAAGUACAGAGCGGUGGAGUCCAGCCGUCAGUGCGUGAUGCCUCCCCGACGUAAGGAUGAGUAUCAGUACAUCAGCUCGUACUUAGCCGGCCUGACGAAGACGGACAAGUACAGGAAGUUCUUGCGUUUCCAAAAAGAAGUUCUCGCGAAGCACCAUCUCCGGAAGAACGACUUCACUGGGAGGCAGGCAGCGACACGGCAUGAGAAGAAGUUGGAACAGGAGCUCCAAAACGUGUGUGUGUGUGACUCCCAACAGUUCAACAGACUGCAGGUCUAUGGAAAAGUCUUUGAAGAUAUUUGCAAUAGUUCUUUGAUAUUUGGGGAUAUCUUGAAAGAAGUUAAGGAUGAAUACGAACUCUACAUGGCAAUACUCCUGCGGUCCCAGACCGCAUCACAGUAUAAGACUCUGCUGGCUAAUGCCAAGGGGCUGGAGAAGAGGUCCGUGAAGACAGCAGAUGUCAACCAGGCCAAGGAGGAGCUGAGGGCGAUUGUGACGGCCACCAAGGCUGCCCUGGAGCAUAAUGACAAACUCAGAAGUGAACUAGAGGUGGAACGCGCGUUGCUGCGAUCAGCUAAGGAAGAGUCGGAAUCAUCUAAGAAAAAUGUAAUGGAUGAGGAUCACCUUACCCUUAUUGAGAAGGUUGAAAAGAAGAGGUGUGAAAUACUCAGUAAAUGGGAUGAAAUUCAUGCUCUUGAAAGAGAAAUUAAAACGACUCUGAUUCAUACUGGAAUUUCACAUAUCACUGAAAAUAGGGUUAAAAGCAUAGAGACUGAAGCUAUAAAAUUAGAAACAGCAAAUCGAAUUUUAAAGAAGAAAAUACAUAUUAUUGAAAACAAUGUGAAGCAGAACCUAGAGAAGCAGGAGACAAGUGAGCAGGAGCAGCGGAACCUUUGGGAUUUCAUUACAGAAUUUGUAAACUUGAAGGAAACAGACAACAGCCCUCAAGGGACUGGAAAAAUGACCCAUGAAAAUUCACAGCCAUCAUGUACAUAGCGUGAAUGUCUGCAGAUGUCUAAAGUAAUCAAGAUACAUCUCAUUUUGUCAGUUUUUUUUCAGUUUUAAUUUCUAAUAAAGUUAAUGCACUAUAUGCAUCAAGAUACUGGAAUAAA